CGCCAGCUAGAUGUCCAGAGUCUUCAAUUUCAAAGCUCUGUGAGAAGAUGUCUACUGAAAGUAAACCAUGGGAUGUUGUCAACAAGGCACCCCCAUGUGCACAUCUACCCACAAUCUUGAAGAAGUCAUCUUCGACUGACGCAUCAAGAGCAGCGUCCCAUGAUCAGAAGGACAUCUUAAGUCUCGCAGAGGCCGCUUCUGAAAAAGGCGCAGAAUAUACUUCACCCAUAAAUGCAAAGAAAUACAUAGUGUGUGCCCAAAAAGAAAUGGAAGAAACUCCAAGAAAACCCCAGAAGACUGAGAAUAGCGACUCAGAUCGAUCAUCUGAAAGUCCAGUGUCUUUACUGUCUAAACUUUCUGAUAAGACUCCCACUUCAGCUUCAUUAGGAGAAGUUGUCAACAAGGCAUCACUUGAAGAAAAUUACCAUUCGCCACAACUGAAAAUCACGAAGAAUUCUGCUAACACAUCAAGCACAGCUAAUGCUUCUUCUAAGAACCCUCAAGCAACACAAGGUCCUCAGGAAGGACUACCAGAACUCACAGCCUAUCCCACAAUCGAUUCUAGCGAGUUGGAGUUCAUUAUGUCUGACAACGGAAAAGAAGUGGCGCUUGGGUCGGGUUCUUGUGGUGGAGUCCUACUGAUGCGUCGUAAAGCAGAAAAUACUCUCCUUGCUGUCAAGGUGCUGGUUAAAAACUUCUCUUUCUUGCAGCACGAAGUGGCAGCCAUGCAUGCGGUGAUGAACUGCCCCUACUUUCCCAAAUUUGUAGGAGUCAUCGACUUCUGCUCUUACGCCCAAGAGCUCGUAGGCGGUGUUGGCAGAAACACGGCUUACGACUUCCGCAAGGCGCUGCACGACGAUCUCUUGAACGCGUUAGAGUGGCUACACGUCUGCCGUGAUGUCACGAAGGGACUCAAGGCUUUACACGCUGCUGGCUGGCUUCACUGCGACCUACACUGCGGCAAUGCUAUGGUGUGUCCCAAUCCACCAAGCUCUAAGGUGGCUUGGUGUGGCAAGAUCAUCGACCUGGGAAGCGCCCUGCAGAUUUCGAAUCCAGGCCCAGUCACGAUCCUUGAUGAUAAGCAACAGAAGAAGCUCUAUAAACUUGCCAAGCAGUGUGCCCCCGAGAUUCUUGAAAGCAGAGACACAUUCACCGAGAAGUCCGAUAUCUACAGUCUCGGCAAUCUCUUCGUGGAUGUAGCCAGUGACGCAAACAUCCCCCACGGUCUCCGUCUGCUUGGCGAGUUCUGCAUGAGACGAAGUUCCGAUGCUCGCCCAACACUGGAGGCCAUCUCGGGGAAACUAGACGAUUUCAUCUCGGAGAUGAUGCAGGCUGAGCAGCAGCCUUCCAGCCCGUCUCCUAUUCCCCCUUCCUCAUCCUCUCCUUCUCCUAAUCUUCGUUGUCAUCUCAUCGCGGAAAUGGUGCAGGCUGAGCAGCAGCUUUCUAGCCCGUCUCCUAUUCCUCCUUCCUCAUCAUCUCCUUCUCCUAAAAUGUGUUGUCGUCUUUGUUAGUUUAUCAAAUCCAAAAUCGCACAGAGAGAGUAGAGAAGACCGGCCGCGUCCUAAUCGGAUGUUUUGACUACGAUUACAGAGCAGUACAUGAGUAGUGGAAGGCUGGAAGCAUGCAAACCGUAGUCUAAAACAACCGAUUUGGACGCGGCGUUAGGGCCGUGUGUUACACGAAGGAAUUCACAGGCAAAUUGUUCCAGGCAAGAAAAGGACAGAAAAAAAAUAGCAUUCCCAUGAAUACUCUGAGGUAUCUCUAUAAACUGUUUGACAGUUAAUGUUCUCCAUUCCUCCUAGUGUUACAUUUAUCUUACCAUGCAUUUAUAGUUGCCUCUGAGUUGCCGAUGAGAAUUGCUUUGUCUGGCUUGGCCCUUACAGACCAGUGAACUUUAUCACGGUGCAGCCACUUUGUCUGGUUUCCAGAACAAGACAUUGAGAAAUCACUGAGGCAACCGUGCGUACAAAAAAGUCACCAGACAGUGAUUUUUUUCUGCAGAUCUUUGGUCGUUUAGAUCAGUUGUAAAGAACAUUGAGAUAGCUACAAGAUGAUAAAGACUAAUUAUCACUGCUAUAUAAACGCUCCAAUACGAUGCCGUUUUGUAAAGUAAGUAAGCUUUUAAAAUGAAUGAAAACAUCUGUUUAUUGAACUAAAGGUUUGUUGUUCAAGUGAUCCGAAGAGAGUACUGCCAAAGUUUACUUUUUCUGUGCGAUUUUGGACAACUAUUUAUUAUGUUAACUGAUAUCUGUGAAAUGUAGCUUAUUCAAAUAAUGGUCUUAAAAAUACUCAUCUAAAAAUCUUGAAAAACAAACCAUCAAUUCAAUUUUUGCUUUACGAGCACCGAUAUAAUUAUGCGAAAUUGUAUUUUUGUAUCAAAGAUGAUUGAAAACAAAAGAUAAAUUCAACUUACUAUAAAACAGGUUUUGCAAAAAAAGUUAACAAAUUUUAGUUAAAUUUCCUUUUCCAUGGGAAUGCAAGAAAAUAUGAAAAAGGAAUGGUAACGCCAAAUCAAAGCAAACCAUAUAACGAACAAACAAAUUUAAUUAAAUCAUAUGCUGUCCUGAAUCCUCCGAUUUAAUAUGAUUUUUCACACACCAUUAUAGGGGCAAGGGUUAAGACCAGUACUCCGUGUGUUCAAUCGUUAGUUUUUGUGGGUGUCCCAACAACCUCGUUAACAUAGCUUUCGAGCUCCAAUACGAGGUUGACCUUUGACACCCGCAAUGACGUCACGUCUUUCAAGUCCGGAGUGCUGGUCUUUUUUCUUCCUUCAAUUCUAAUUGAAUGAGUCUUUUCCUAAUUGUUCUCGUUUCACUUGGAACAAAAUACAAUAGGGAUCCCAUAUUUUUACGAGUGAAAGUACAAUCUUGAUAAAACAAGAUUAUAGUUUAAUUGUAGAUUAAUUGCAGUAACAUCAAUUAUUAAUACAACUUUCGACCUCAGGUAUACAGUCAUGUAGUCAGUUUGAAGACAAAUAAUAGAAAUACAUACACAUUGUCAUUCAUAAUUAUGACACAAGUUUAAACCUAAAUGUAUGAUGCAGAUCUGUUUUUUUUUUCACAGCAAAAAAAAAAAAAAAAAAAAUCUUCUACAUUCUUCUUUCCAGCAUAGGCCUAAUGUAUUUUGGUUUUAUCAUAAAUUGUGAUGGUCAGUACUAUCAGAAUAGCACUGAUGCCUAUAGAUAUUGGUACUCCCGGGAAUUCAUCACAUUCUUUUAUGACAGUAUGAGGCUCUAAAACGCUGAUACCUAGCACAGAAUGAAACAAUGCUAUGACGCCAAGCUGGUUUAUUCUGUAAAUCAAUGGCACAUGAAAAUUGACAAAUAAAGCAUGCCAGAACGAAAAAUCGUGUUU